ACCAAGAACUCUUCUCACGUCAUGGCCGAAGAACACAUGCCUCAUGCCGUGCACGAGGCGCUCGUUUUAUGGAACCCGCAGGAUCGAAGUCAACACAGUGGCGAUAUUGUCAUAGCUUGUCAUGCAACAUAAGUAACGCGCUGUCUUGCAGAGCAGGCAAAAGAGGGCGAUAAUUAGAAGCCUGCUUGGGCUUAGAGGCGGCGAAACUGCUAAAAUAGCACGACAAGAGGUGUCGUCUUUGCCCAAACAGCAUGACAGACUGGAUGUAGGUGCCUUCAAAAUUUGUCAUGCAACGUUUGGAAAUUCGUUCUCCAACAAACUGGUAGCGAUUUUUCGCAUUACACUUUAUUUCAAAUCUGUUGACUUCGAUCUUGACGCCCCUAUAUGUGGCGGAAGCACGCUGGUGGGGGAACGAGCACAGAAUCGCUGUGAAGGCAUACGAGCAGGAAAAGACCAAGCGAAUCGCGGCCGAAGAAAAGGCCCGGCGUCUUUCGGAAGAGAAUCGCGAGCUAUAUCCUGAGUAAAAACGUCCCCACGCCAGAGUUGUGAUGCAGAUUUGCAAAGACAGGAAGACGCGUAGUGCGCAUCUCCAUGAGAGCCAUUUUCACUCGUGUUUUGGAAUUUGUGACUCUGUGAACAGGAUGAGCAGAUGAAUCUGUGACGCAGCUACACUUGCUAAACUGCACUACACUGCGGAGUGCAACUUGUCAUGCGUGACGCACAAAACUCCUAGGCGUGUGUUGCAAAAUCCCCAUCCUAACUCUGGUGUAGGGACGUUUUUACUCAGGAUAAACUAAAGGCCCUCCUCCGGAACUAUGGUGCACUUUUUUGCUAUAUUUGUUUGAGUAGCUACGCAGGUUUAGGGUUUUGCUUACAAUUAUUAAGAGGAGCUCCGCGCCUAGUCUUGGUUGCAAUGCUUCACAACAUUCCUGGUUUUAGAGACCAGUUUAUUUGUCAUGCAAUUUAUACGUACUUAGAACAAUUGACGCGAUACUUUUGCGAUGUUGCAUCCCAUCGCGUUUCUUCACAUAUAAACAGAAGCCGACGACCACACGAACGAGUAUCCGGCGCAGAAACGUAACUAAGUACCCACCCCAGUGCUAUCGUGCAGAUCAGGCAUUUGCACGGUUAGGAGCUUGUGAUGCUCAAUGGAGAAAUUGGAUAGCUACUUAUCAGAUGCAAAAAUGUCUGGGUCUGGAAGGUUCUGAGACUUGUCAUGCACGCUAUGCAUGCGCCGUGAUGUCUGUGAUGCAUGGUCUAGCAUGACAUAUUUUUAGAGCGUUUCCUGUUGCCUAUUCCGCAUGAGAAAUGCCCUCUGCGCGUAGUACAAACUGCGCUCCUCUUGCUGGUCAUGCAAUACAGAUAGUUUUGGAAUCCAGAGACAGCGUUACAAGUUCCAACCUUCCAGACCCAGACAUUUUUACACUUGAUACUACGUCUUGUGUUGCAACUCCACUAGCUAUUCGGCCCCACACUCCGGUGGACGUCGAUGCCAGCCUGUCAUGCAAAACGGCCAAAGGAAAGGACUUUAACUCUUUGCAUGGCAGAAGUCCCAGCUUGCGUACUAUGGGGUGGCUACAACAUUUUCCGACAGGAUGACCCGACGCCGACCGAGGAAAGCGGAAUAUCCCAUGCAAAUUUAUCGACUUGCUACCACGAGUCGCAGCAGUUUGUCAUCAAAGAUCUUUUGUCAUGGCCCAGCCUGACGGACCACAACCACCGGCCGUCCUUUUUCAUGUGUUCGGACUUUGUGAUGCAAAACCAAAUCCUACCGCCCGGCCCGAUAUUUUUGAAGUGCAUACAACGGAGGAACAGGCGACGACGAUGAUGACGAUGUCGAUGACGACAGCGACGACAGCAACAACAUGGGCGUGAGCAAUGGUAUAUCCCACAGAAAGAAUCUUGUAGUGUGCCACCCUUGUAAUGCAAAUGUAGACCGCAGAAAAAUCUGUUAGGGAACCCCGUAGCACGUUCACGCAGGUUGAUGCUGAAGCAGUCAAGAUCUAUAAUGUUUCUGCGUAUCUAGUACUUUCGCGUUACAAUUGUGAUGGGCUAGCUUUUUUCCGUGCCAUAUAACAUCAGUACUCACCACUUGUUUGUUAUUUUCCAAUACCACUUGGCUGUCCGAUAGUAGCAAAGAUUCCUUCGCCUCCCGUGGUAGUAGUUGUAGUUCCUUUUCACUUACCAAGCUUCCUGAGCAACAGCUUAUCUUGAGGAAAAACGUCUCCACCCCAGAGUUGUCACGAUAUGCACUUGCAAGAAGAUUUGUAAUGCGCAUCGCCAUGACCAUGAGGAAUUUUUCGUUGUAAGUGGGAGUUCGGGAUGCUGUAAACAGCAUAACAAGAUGGCUCCGUGAUGCGGCUGUCCUUGCUAGCCUGCACUACAAUACAGAUGCAAGCUUGUCAUGCGUGACUCCCGAAAACCUUCGAUUUGGAUUGCAGACGAGUGCCAAUCUUGUCUCUGCGGUGGGGAUGUUUUUCAUCGGGAUACAGCUUUAAACUAUGCAUUGCAAAUAUGUAGUCUGGAUCUGGAAGAAACCGUGUUUGUGAUGCUCAAUCUCGUAGACGCAAAAAUAUGUACUUCUGCGAGCAGGACGAGGACAAAGAACUUUUUUGGCCUUUGUCAUGCAAAAAAGGUUGGUAUGGGGGAUCUCAAAGUUCAAACCUCCUGGCUCGUGACAACUAUGCAUGACAAAUCCGCUACUCUUCCAGACCCAGAAAAUAUAUUUGCGGUGGAUACGAGAACAAGUUUUGCAAAUACUACAACAACCUCUUCCAGUUGCUCCGAGGGCGAAGUUAUCAAAUGCAAAUAUGUCAUGGUCUGGAAGAUUGUUGUACGUUGUCAUGCAGCUUUCGCAUGACCCAGAAGAUUUGAAAUGCGGGCUCUAGCAUCACAAGUUUAAGUUUGGAUAAGCAUAAGGCUCCUCAAUAAUUCUUACAUCGCAUGAGAAGUGAGGACCAAGAGUGCGAGCUUUAUUCGCUGGUCAUGCAAUACAGAUUUUUGUGCCGAUGAUGAGAACUAGCAUGAGCAACUUGGACUCUUCCAGAUCCAGACAUAUUUGCAAUGCAUACAAGAGGAAGCUGAGUCGUGCCGAGGCGGGAGUAUCAAUUGGAAAACCGCUGCGCAGAAGCACUUACUUUGUCAUGGCAUUUUUGCAUACACGAUAAGAUUUUCCGACGUUCACCUAUUCACCACUUAUCACGGGUCAAGCUUCUGACUCUACUGACGGACGUGCUUCUGGCGCAGGAAGUCUUUCGCUUUGAUGCGCGAGGUUGGGUGCCCAGCGGAAGCACGAGCGCCGGAGGGCGAGGGAGGAGCGGGCGAGGGCGGGCGUAUCGGAGUGAGAGCGCACGGCCUGUCCUGUGCUCGAUAGAUAAGAGGGGGGGGGGGCUAAGUGCUCGAAGACGCGCCCGUUUGCGUAGCAGGCUUCGGCCACGAGAAAGGGGAGCGGAGGGCGGCGCCUGUGACCUCCUUCGCCCGGCCCGUCCGUGUGCCGGAGCCCACUAGAGUGAGCGCGGAAAAGAAUGCGCGCGGCACAGCUGUCCCGCGUGAAGGGUGCCACGGGGGUGCUUGCUUCUCCGCUUCACGAAAAAGAACGGCGAGCAGUGCCGGCGCCUUUCUCCAAGAUGCCACAUUGCUCCGCGUUUGCAUUUCUUUGGGCGCUGCCGGUUUGCAUAUGGCGUUGCGAUGGACUUUCCCGUCGCCGCCCACUUGGUAGCCAAAUUCGUGCGCGCAGUCAGAGUGCGCGCCGGCCCACGAAGCCGGCGCGCGCGCUCCCUCUGCGUGUCUGCGAUAUUGCUAUAGCAAACGCGGCGCGGAAGCAGUUGCCGCCACCAUAUGGGGCAACCGCGGAAGCCGUUUUUGGGCCUUGGCCGCCUUAGUAUGCGAAAAAAAGAUGGCCUUUUUUUUGCUUCGGCUGCUGGGCAGCUGCGUUGGAGGAGCAGGCCCGCGGCCUGUUCGGAGGCCAGUCGCCCACCCUGCGCCGGCUGGCAAUUUGGAAGAAAAAAAAACGCGCUGUGACAUCCGGGGAGGCCAGCGCCGCUCUUUUGCCAGAUCGCCCGGGCCGCUUGCGAAGUCGGCGCACGAAAGAAAUCAAGAGAAAACGGCGCAAAAGUGCAAUCGCCCCGCAGGCUUCAAAACUGCCAGCAAGCUUUGGGCGGCGAAAAUGUCUGGCGCCCUUCGGCCAUCUAGAUGCCUGCAAAAAGCGGGAAAAAUAGCAAAAGCCGAGGAGCCCCUGCCCCGCCAGACCGACAACGAAGCUUGCCGCCCGUGGCGGCUUGGGGGCGUGUGGCCUGUGCCAUGCGUGCCCCCAAGAUUACCGAAGGCAGAACGCAUUACAGGCGGGCGGGGGCAUGUCACAGAGGCCCCGUUUUCCCUGGGUUAAUUGUGGGCGCAAAUCCUGCAAAGCCCCGCGCCCGAAUUGGCCAACUUGGGUGGAGCGGCCGGCCGGCCCCGCGGGCUUCCGGUGUUCUGAUUAGCAAGCCGGCAGCCACCGAUGACCCGGCGGCCGGUUUGUAUUGUGGGGGCCAGAAAGGAAGGACGCCUCGCUGCGAAGGUGGAUUGGGCGGCCCGGGGGGGUGGACCCCCUUGGCCACACAAACACCUUAUCGGCCGGGGGGCCAGCGCGCUUGUCGCGCAGGGGCUACAUAGAAAGGAUGCCCCGCUGCGGAGGUGAAUAGGGCGCCCCCCUGGCCACAUACCCUCCUUUGCAAGGGGGCCCGUUUUUCAUGCCCAGCAAGAAAGAACGCCCCUUGGCGAAGGCGGGGGGGGAGGCGCGUGGCGAGGCCGAAUGGGCUUUCCCAGACCUUCCUGGCCCGGGGGCCAGUUUGUCACGCAGGGGCCAGAACAAGCGCCCUGCUGCGAAGUGGCAGGGGGGAAGGGAGUCCGGGGCGGCUUUUCCUCCCCCCCGGCCAAGUAUUGAGCUUCCAUCCUGGCAAGGAAGGCAGCUCGUCAUGGAGGUGCUAGAAAGGAUGCCCCUCCGCGAGGUGGGUGGGGAGCUUGCCCCCCCGGUCACAUAUUUAUUGUCCUGGCCCGACGGCCAGUUUGCCCUGCAGGGGCUAGAAAGGCUGCCCCGCUGCGAGUUGGCCGGAUUUUCGCAUCCGAUGCGUACCGCAGUAGCUUUCCGCGGCCCUUCAGGGUUGCGGGGACUUGGUGAGGCGCAAACUGCCGCAAGCUGCGUUCGCGGCGCUAAAUAAAAUACCGCGAGCACAGCCGCGGCCUGACGGAAAACGCGCCUCGGCCGGUCGCCUCGUGGAGCCUCCGUCCUUGGGUCUCGGGCCGCGAGAAGCGGUCGCGGCCCAAAAGGGUUGGCGCUCCCAUGUGCGGCGCGUGCUUUUCCUAGAGACAUGGGCCGCGUUUGUCUCGCAGCCCUGCCUUCCCGACGACCAAGGGCGCCGCUCCUCGCGUUGGUUAGAUUUCGUCGCGCGUAUUUGGUGCGCCAAUAUCGCCCCCCGGGCGCGGCCUACCUUCAUACAUGGCACGCGCCACCCCCACACGCCGAUCGAGUACAGGGAAGGGCAGUGCGUGCGACCUCCAUGGGCCGGCGAGGCACGGCACCGCAACGCAGGCGCGGCCGGAGGCGACGUUCUGCCCCCAGCAGAACCGCAGGCCCCCAAACAGAUGAAGAACAACAAGAAGAACAACAAGUGAAGGCAGGUUUCUUUGCCCGGUCGAACUGCUUGGACAAAAUUUGCCGCCUGAUGUUCGAUCGGUCGGACCGAUAGGCAGCCUCCUUGCUGGGAUUUGGUUUUCUUUUGUAAAUAUCUCAACGAACGUGGGUGAG